CUGCCAAGGAAGGAGGGCUUACCCGUCUAUGCUUGCAGGGGCGGGGCUAGCAGUCAGAUGAAACGCGAGGAAGUUUCCAAACACCGCCAGGCCGGGUUUCCUUCACAGUUGCCGCCAUUAUGCCAGAUCAGUCUUACUGUGAUCGUUUACAACAGGACAUGGCUUUUCUAACAAGCAAUGGCAGACUGAGUGAGCAGUUGGUUGACAAAAUUAUCCUUCAGUUAAACAGAGUUUAUCCUCAAAUUCUUACCAAUAAAGAAGCAGAAAAGUUUCGAAACCCGAAAGCUUCCCUUCACAAUCGAUUGUCGAGUCUGAUAGCCUACUUGCAGAAGAAAGGUGACAAGUCCUGUCAAGAGUUUUACCGUGCUUUACAAAUCAACGCUGAACAGCUGUAUAACAACUUGCCAAGCAGGAAAAUCCUCAAAACCUCAGAUUUCACAGGGAUGAACCUUGAGAAGGAGAAAUAUAUUCUAAAUGACAGGGGUCCUACAUUCUUCCUUGCUUGUUUCAGUGUUGCAGCAGGAUUAGCAUUCAUCAUGUACUACUAUAACCCAGAGUCAAAAAUUCUAGGAGGAGCCAGGAGAGUGUUGGGUUUUUCACCAAUCAUCAUAAGAAGACAUGUUGCAAAUAUUUGUAUGUUAUACAUGGAAGACUCAGCAAGGGAGCAAUAAGGAUAAACUAAUUCUACAGCCCAAAGUCAUCUACUCCUGCCAAUGGAAAAGCUGCAUCGCAAAAAGAUAUGCUGU